GAGAUGAUCAUUUUGUCAGCAGGAUCAAUGAAACUUUUUUUUUAUUUCGAUUUCUUUAUUAUUGGAUCGCUAGAGUUGAAUCUCUUUGGAGGUUCCGAUAUUUUCUGUGUGUGUGUGUGUGCUGAAGUGUUGGUGGGUGUUAUAUUUUGAAUACUGUGUUGAGGACUUUAAAAAAAAAAGAUCCAUAAGUUCUUAGUUCAGAUAUAUCGUUCUAUGAUACGGACCUUAAUACAGUCAGGAUAAAUCAUUAACUAUAUUAGUGAUAUUUGUUUCGAAACUAAAGUAUGCUGGAACACUGAAAGAAAUUAAGCCGAAACAUGAACUUUCUUGGAUUCAACAACAAGGACUCUCCAAUACAGAAUUAAAAUUUAACAUUUGGUUCUCAAAAAUGUGUAUUCUUCGACAUUAACACAUUCAAACUUCAAUUGUUGUAGAGAAAGAUCAAAGGUCAUUUAUGGAUAAGUCAAACUUUGGAAUCAACGCAGUCGUAAAAAAAAUAUCACAUAUUCUUUUUUUGCGUUCGAUUUGCCAGAUUUUCUACCAUCGGUUGAUAUUUUGAAAUGCCAAAAAAACAACAACAACAACAACAUCAUUCAGUGCUGUUUGGAAGUAUUACGUGUUCCGUCAUUCAAUGAUUAUCUGAAAAAAAAAAAUCAUAUUUUAAGAUAGCUGUUGAAAUGGCUAAAUUUCGUUGUAUUAUUUUCUAACUCGACCAAAGUUUCACGUGUCACUCAGAAGAAGAAUCAAAGAUUUGUAAAGCGUCUGUUUGCUCGAUGACAUUAUAUCCACAUGUGUCUACACGAAGAUGGACGACAGGCAGCUGGAAGAACUCAUGGUUCAGAGUUUUAUCAAGAUCAUGAUGGAGACAGAGAAAUCAGCAGACGGCAAGCCUGAGAUUGUUCAGGCUCAGACAAGAGCCGAGCAGCAGCUCAAGAGGGAGGACUCUAGCAUGCAGCCAGAUGAUGUUCCUUACUCAUACACUGAAGCCUACAAUGCGGGUCAAGGACAACACGAGGUCACGUACCCUACUGGAGGUCAGGCUAUAGGGUACCCGGAGUACGACAGCGUGCCGGUGACUCACGGAGAACUUUUGGAUGCGAAGCAGCGAACGUCGCCCGCGUCGCAUCAGACUGGGGCUCAAUCUGGCAAAGCAUUGGAUUACCUAUCAGCACAAAGGGCAUACACAUCGGAAACGAGCGCCUAUCCAUCAAGCUACGCUCCCUAUUCAAACAUUCUCUACCCAAACGGUUAUACAUCUAGUCUUUCUUCGCCGCAGGAAACCUCAGCGUACCAUCCUGACACUCGAGCUGCUUACCCCUACACAUCGGCUCCCUACGCCAAUAACGCUGCUGCCGAAACUCACACGUCUUACCCGACAGCCACCUCUCCAAACCGACGGAGAAAAUUUGGCAGGGAUCACACUAACCACGUGCUUCCGGCCAGCUUUGACCCUUUUAAGAGUAGCGUGACACCUGGCAAACAGGAAGGUGAUAGUUCCACCUCCCACGCCGGGCCACCGGGUCUGUCUUUCGAUACCACAUCCGGUGACGUUACCGACACUGGCCUAAAACUUGUUGUUGUGGAUAAGACAGACGACGAAGAGGAUGAUUCCGCAAGCCCACUGCAGCCAGGUUACGGCUCCAGGUCCAACUCAGACGUGUUUCCCCUAGACAACCAGGCCGUGGAGAGGGACAUGUACAAGCAGGAGUACGACCCCACAGUGACCAGCUUUAAGCCCAAUCUUAACCCUAGUAUAGGCAGCAGACACACCUCUGUCGUGAACGAUCAGGGUAUGAGCCUGGACUCUUCCAGAUAUCAAAACAGCCUGAAAUCCAGUCAAGCUUUUUCAUUUCACGUGACUGAUUACGACUCUGAGGUCGACGUCGGCACCCAGAGAUCAGAUGCUACAUCAGUGGAUGACCACUACUCCCAGGGUACACAUUUCCAGCCUGCUUCGUCCAGACUCGCUUUACCUACACAGCAAAGUCCGUCCCUUCUACCUACGGGUAUCACAAACAGCAAAACCUCCUUUCGAUCACAUCCGCCUGAAGGCAGCAGGUACCACGGCCAGCGUAUGUACACCAUGUCUCAAAUAGACUUCGACCGUUACACCAAUAACCAAUCAACGCUCAGCACUGUAAUGGAGGAUACUACUGGUCAAGAGACGUUCAGGUCUGACGACAGUGGCGACACCAACGUAGAUACCUUCCGGGGCGAGAAGGGCAAGACUUUCCUUGUUCACCCUUCUAAUCCCCCACAUCACAAAACUGGCGGGCCACAGACAUCGGAAGUCAAGGUACAAGGUCCGGGAUACAAAUUUGAGGUCAAUCGAUAUAACAUGGUAAAACGGGCUUCCAUACUAAACAGGGCCGAGCAGCUACUGGAUGCGAGAAAAACCCAGUUUAGUGAUGGUAGGUCAGAGUCCAGUGAUGACGAAGAAGACGAUGACAGUGUCAGUCAAACAUCUCAGCCGGGGCACCGCGCCCUGAAGUACGUCAAACAGUUUGAUGACACAACCAGCUACAACAGCAGCGACGAUGUCCUGAACACAAUGAGGUAUCAGUCUAGAGGCCCAUUGUCAAAGACUGCCAGAAGAGCUCGACUAAGCUCGGUCAAUGCCCGACUCAACAAACAGAAGAGAAUACGUGCCGCCAGGAGACAGGUGAUGACUAAACACAGACUGCCGCCUGUGCCACUAACAGAUGAUGACGACCAUUCCUCUCUCAGCGACAGCACAGAGCAGCCAAAAUCCUACAGGACAUUUUUGCGGGACCAGCGGUACGAGGAUCCGAAGCACCGUGACAACUCACUGGGUCGGGGUCAACUGCCCCUCCAGAUACGGCAACAGAACGACCUGUACGAGCCGCAACCACAGGAAGAAAACGUCGGGGGACUGAAAGGUCGUAGGGUCAUGUUUUUCAGAAAUGGUGACAUUCAUUUUAAACCGAAGCAGGUUCUAAUCAAUCAAAAAACGUACGCAAAUUUGGAAAAACUUUUAGUUGACCUGAGCUCGAUGGUAGAGACCUCCACAGGGGUUAAGCACAUCUUCUCUUGGCCAGAAGGGAGAGAGAUUAAGUCCAUCAAAGAUUUCGAGAACGGAAAAUAUUAUAUUUGUUCAAGUACUAGCAAGCUCCAGCGGGUAGAUUACGGGAACAGUAAAGAGAAUCACUGGAAAGGAGGAAAGAUUGAUAGGAAAGAAAAUUUCUUGUUUCAACAGGAUGGUAAAGUGCAAUCACCACUGAGGCGGCCGAGAAUACUGACCAUCAUCAGCAAUAUGUACAGGGACAGCCGAGAGAAGUUGAUCCUGAACACUAACUCCCAGAUGAACUUUGAAGACAUUCUGAAUGACAUCAGCAACAUGGUCAACAUCCCUAACCCACCAGUCCGAGCAUUAUACACAGAGCGUCCACCACACCAGAAGGUUGAAAGCUACAGUCAAUUGAUCCGGGAGUUCGCUGACCAUGACAACUUCCUGGCCUGCGGUGAAGAGAUGCUACCUUUCGAGCUCAUGCCUAAAAAGCCAAUAGCGGCAGACUCUCAGGGCAAGUCCAAGAAAGGUGUACGGCGACGCAACACGAAAUCUGAACUCAGCCGUGUAUCUAGAGAUCAAAGUUUGUCGCCAACUCGAGAGUCCGAAGACACAGCUUUUAAUGAAUUAGUUCAAGACAAAGUAAGCUCACGAUUCGUUGCCAAAACAAAGAGAAAUAAAACAGAUUCCAUCAAAGUAGACAUCAAUGGGAAAAUCAGAGAAUUCUUCCCACCUUCAGUACAAAAGGAUGAUGAUGAUGGAAGGAAGCCAGAUAAAAAAAUCAAAUUAGAUUGGGUUUAUGGGUUUAGAGGUAGAGAUGUUAAACAGAAUUUGGCAGUGCUGCCAUCUAGUGGUCAGCUUGUCUACUUUGUGGCAGCAGUUGUGGUACUCUAUGACAAGAAGUUCAGCACUCAAAAACACUACCUGGGACAUUCAGAGGAAAUAACAUGUUUAACAAUACAUCCUAAUGGUCGGUUCAUAGCUACUGGACAGACAGCUGGUAAAACUCCAGAUAAAGGGGCCCAUGUCCGUGUCUGGGAUGGGACUUCCUUAUCCACCUAUGCAGUGAUUGGACUAGGAAUAUUCCAACAAGGAAUUUCAUGUGUUAACUUUUCAGAUAAAGGGACUAUGAAUGCUGGUAAAUCUAACGCAUCUUAUGGUGAACUACUAAUGGCAAUAGAUGACAGUGACAGACAUCAGUUAUCUGUCUGGGAUUGGCAAACUGAGAAAGUUCUAGCUAAAACAACAACCAGUUCUGAUCCAGUUGUAUCUGGUUGCUUCUAUCCAAAUGAUGAGACCAUAUUAAUCACUUAUGGUAAAGAACACAUUCACUUCUGGAAAAUGUUUUUAGACAAGGGAAAGAAAAUAAUGAGAGAUAAACUGAGUGGAAUUUUUGAGGACUAUGUUCCGAAGUUUGUAACAUCAGUCUGUUUCUCCUCAUCCGGAAAUGUCAUCACAGGUGACUCAACUGGAGCCAUCUUGGUUUGGUCACAUGAUGAAAAUAAUGUGUUUACAAUCAAUGAGGAGUUAUCUCAGUACACAAAAAAGGCACAUAAGAAAAGCGUGUCAUCAUUGUGUAUGCUGGGAGAUGGAACUCUUCUCUCCGGGGGUGGAAAUGAGGUGAAAGCUUGGGAUUCCAUCAAUGAUUAUGCUCCAGUUAAAGAAAGAAUAUUGCCUUCUACUGCAGGACAUGUAAGAAGCAUUGUACCAAUCAAUAAAGGGGGUCUCGAUGGAUCGAUCUAUGUGUCUACUACAAGAAAUAAAGUAUUAGAGGGAAGCCUGCAACUCAAGUUUAAAUUUAUCAUCCAGGGUCAUGUAGAAGAACUGUGGGCUGUUGAAAGUCAUCCUUUGGAACAAACAUUUAUAUCCGCUGGACAUGAUCAGACAGUGGUCAAGUGGUCAGCAGUGGCACACACAGCUGUAUGGAAAGUCAAUGUUGAGAACCCGUGUACUUGUAUCAGUAUAGACCCAAGAGGACGAAUUGUUGCUUUAGGAACAACUGCUGGAAAGAUAAUUGCGCUCAAUUCACUUAAUGGUGCAAUGCUAACAACAUUACCUUGUGGAGCUGCUCAAAUUAAUGCUUUAGGAUUUUCUCCUGAUGGCAAGCUGCUAGGUGUUGGAACAUUUGAUGGAUUUAUUCAAAUUUAUCAUGUACAGGAGGAAGGACAUCAAUUUUUUAAAACACACAUUUCUUCAUUAAAGCACAACAUAUUCAUCAUGCAUCUUGAUUGGUCUGUUGACUCAAAAUAUAUUCAAGCUGUUCUAGGAGAUUAUGAAAUUGUGUACUGGGAUGUCACCACUGGCCAAAAGAUCAAGUCUCCAAGAUUGGUUAGAGACAUUAAAUGGGCAACUCAGAAUUGUCCCAUUGGCUACCCACUCAUUGGUGCUUGGCAAAAUCUGGAUCGUGGUGAUGUCAUCAAUGUAGUGGCUAGAUCUCAGUACCAAGACCUGAUGAUGAUAGGGGAUAGCAAAGGUCAACUCAGACUGUACAAAUGGCCAUCAGCUCCAUCAAAGGCCAACUUCAGACACACUAAAGUUUUCUCCUCCAAUGUGACCUGUGUGACAUUUACCUGUGAUGACAACUUUGUGAUUGCUUCUGGAGGAAAUGAUGCUGCUCUCAUGCAGUUCUCUGUUCUUGAUCCUGUCAAUACCUAACCUGGCCAUGAAUUUAGGAGACACUUUUAACUCCAUCCAAAUUUAAUUACGGAAUGAUGCAAUCAUGUUUAGAGGUUCUAAAUUGUGUAACAAGCCUUCUAUCUAGACUGAAACAUUCAAUUUAAUGGUCAUAAGGAGAUGGCCUUACUCUACUACCUCUAACCAAGUCAUUGUGGAUCACUACACUCUUGCAUUGUGCAACAGAAGCAUAAUGUCCUUCUGCUUGACUCUACCAUAGCGUGUGUUGUUGGCUAGAUACCAUAGAGUGUGUUGUAGGCUAGACAUGAUGAAUAAUAUAAUUAAAAAGUAAUGGAAUUUGGGACACUUAAAAAAAGAACUUUUUAAAAUGUAUUUUUCAUAGCACUUAAAUGCACAAUCCAAUUAAAAUUGAAAGUUUAGUAGACAGUAAGCAAAACUUUUUAAUUUGCUGUCAAAAAGAUUGUAUUGUAUUUAAAUCAUUGAUAUCAGUUACAAUGUAUUUUCUAAAUGUUCAAAAAUAUUAUAAGUCCAUAUUUUGAUUUCAUUACAUUAUUGUCUAAAUAAAUACUCCAACUAAUCCACAUUGAACACUGCAAUUUUAACAUGUAUACCAGAAGACAUUAUUGACAGUCUGCACCAAUUUUAGAAUUUGUUGCCAGGCUAAUAAGUCAAAGCUUUGUCACCUUGACUCCAGACUGCUGGUCAGUGCAAGAAGUGGCGAAAAAAUAAACAUUUUGUUAGGAAAGAAUAUUUCCCUUUAGUUUGUAAACUUUUAAAAUAUAUUAAUCUUUACUAUUGGCAACAUAAAUUAAAAAGAAAUUAUAAUAUUUGUUUUUGAGGUUCUUAAUAUCUUGUGAAUAUUCACUAUUUUGUUGAUAUAGACACAUCGAAACUACUUUAUAUAAAUAAAUUCUAUAAAGAACUGGACAUUUAUGUUGAUUUAACUUUCAUUUUGUUAUUGUAUUUUUGGUCAAAUCUAAAAAUGUAUGCCUUGCUGAGAAUGUCUGCUAUUCUGUCUGUUAUUUUAGGAAUGAUAACUGAUUUCUAAUUUGUUAUUAAUAGAUUUGUUUUUAAUUAAUGUUGUACUCAAUGUUGUUUUUUUUUAUACAUUGACAGUUUGCAAUAUCUCUCUGCCUCAUUCCAUCAAUUCAGUGCUGGACAUGUAACUACAAAAUAACACUUUAUGUGUGUACAAUAUACAAGUCAGGUCUGGGUGUGGUUUUUUUUUUUAAUUAUGUGUAACUGGUACCACUAAUUGAUUAAACUGUGAUAAAAAAAAAUGUUGGAAAAUAUGACAACCUAUAAAUAGCAAGGUUUUAAAGGAUGUUUAUAUUUUUAUACACAAACAAAAUUAUAUGAUUUUGGAAAGGAUUUUCAGUCCAUUAUUUUCUUGUUAAUAGUAAAAAGAAGUACAACUUGAUGGUUACUAUUGUUUCUAGAAGCAAAAAAACUUGAAUAGGAAAUUGUGAUCCUGUUCUUACACUAUGUAGGACACUGUUAGGGUAAUGGCGAUUAACUGUUACGACGAAAGACCUUUUUUACUUCACCUUUGUCUUUGAUUAACAGACGUCAUCUUUGAAUAAGUUGACAUAAUGCGUUUAUUGAAUAUUUUAUAUACCAUAAUGUUUACUUGUUGAAACUGUAACAAAAAAAAAGUUUCUAUUAAAAAAUAUUCUAUUUAGA